AUGACCUUUCUCUGGUUCCUCUCCUGCUUCACCCUCGUGGGGGCCGCCUUCGGCUGCGGGGUCCCCGCCAUCCAACCUGUGCUGAGUGGCCUGUCCAGGAUCGUCAAUGGGGAGGACGCCAUCCCCGGCUCCUGGCCCUGGCAGGUGUCCCUGCAGGUGAGGGGGUAUUCUGCACGAGUCGGGGACACACUGGGUGGUGGGCCCGCUGGGAGCUGCCAGUGUCCAGCCAGCACUAACCCUGCCAUGUUCCCCCAGGACAGCACCGGCUUCCACUUCUGUGGGGGCUCCCUCAUCAGCGAGGACUGGGUGGUGACCGCUGCCCACUGCGGGGUCAGGACCUCCCACCUGGUCGUAGCCGGGGAGUUUGACCAGGGCUCAGAUGAGGAGAAUGUCCAGGUCCUGAAGAUCGCCAAGGUUUUCAAGAACCCCAAGUUCAACCUGCUCACCGUCCGCAACGACAUCACCCUGCUGAAGCUGGCCACGCCCGCCCGCUUCUCUAAGACCGUGUCCGCCGUGUGCCUGCCUGACGCUGACGACGACUUCCCCGCCGGGUCGCUGUGCGCCACCACUGGCUGGGGCAGGACCAAGUACAAUGCCAACAAGACCCCCGACAAGCUGCAGCAGGCGGCCCUGCCCCUCCUGUCCAACGCCGAAUGCAAGACGUUCUGGGGCAGCAAGAUCAGCGACGUGAUGGUCUGCGCCGGCGCCAGCGGCGUCUCCUCUUGCAAGGGUGACUCUGGCGGCCCCCUGGUCUGCCGGAAGGACGGAUCCUGGACCCUGGUGGGCAUCGUGUCCUGGGGCAGUAGCACCUGCUCCACCUCCACACCUGGAGUGUACGCCCGCGUCACGGAGCUCAUACCCUGGGUCCAGAAGAUCCUGGCUGCUAACUGAACCUGUGGUCCCUACCGUC